GCUGAAUAAAUGCAAGUAACUAAGUGAACAAAUCAAAUCUCUCUUUCUCUCAAUCUCACCACUCCUUCUCUGCGAGUUUGCUUCAAUUUCCAAAUCACAAAGAAGAUGGAGAAAGCGAUCAACAGACAGAAGAUUUUGCUUCACCAUCUCAACCCUUCAUCAUCCACGGAUUCGUCCUCCCUCUAUGCUUCAGCAUGUUUGGCGGGGGAUAGUGCUGCUUAUCAAAGGACAUCUACAUUUGGGGAUGAUGUUGUGAUUGUUGCUGCAUAUCGGACUGCUCAUUGCAAAUCUAAACGUGGUGGUUUCAAAGACACUCAUGCUGAUGAUCUACUGGCUCCUGUUUUGAAGGCUGUAGUUGAGAAAACCAAUGUGAACCCAGGCGAAGUUGGGGAUAUUGUUGUGGGUACUGUAUUGGCUCCUGGAUCUCAAAGAGCUAGUGAAUGCCGAAUGGCUGCAUUUUAUGCUGGUUUUCCUGAAACUGUGCCUGUUAGGACUGUUAAUAGGCAAUGUUCAUCUGGGCUCCAGGCUGUUGCCGAUGUAGCUGCUGCUAUAAGGGCUGGAUUCUAUGAGAUUGGUAUUGGUGCCGGUUUGGAAUCUAUGACAGCUAAUCCAAUGGCAUGGGAAGGAUCAGUCAAUCCUAAAGUAAAAAUGUUUGAACAAGCACAAAACUGCCUUCUUCCUAUGGGGAUUACCUCUGAAAAUGUUGCACAUCGCUUUGGGGUUUCAAGGAAGGAACAAGAUCAGGCUGCAGUUGAGUCUCACAGGCGAGCUGCUGCAGCUACUGCUUCCGGUAAAUUUAAAGAUGAAAUUAUCCCAGUUUCCACCAAGAUUGUGGACCCAAAAACUGGUGAGGAAAAAUCUGUCACCAUUUCUGUUGAUGAUGGAAUUCGACCUAGCACAACAUUGUCUGAUCUAGGGAAGCUGAAACCUGUGUUCAAGAAGGAUGGAAGCACUACUGCUGGUAAUUCUAGCCAGGUGAGUGAUGGUGCUGCAGCUGUUCUGCUGAUGAAAAGAAGUGUUGCGGUGCAAAAGGGGCUCCCCAUUCUUGGUGUAUUCAGGACUUUUGCUGCAGUUGGUGUUGAUCCUGCUAUCAUGGGUAUCGGCCCUGCUGCUGCGAUUCCAGUUGCUGUGAAGGCCGCAGGUCUAGAGCUUGAUGAUAUUGAUCUUUUUGAAAUAAAUGAGGCAUUUGCUUCCCAGUUCGUGUAUUGCCGCAACAAGCUAGGGCUUGAUCCAGAAAAGAUCAAUGUUAAUGGAGGUGCAAUGGCAAUUGGGCAUCCUCUUGGUUCAACAGGUGCCCGAUGUGUGGCAACGCUGUUGCACGAGAUGAAGAAACGUGGCAGGGACUGUCGAUUUGGAGUUAUAUCUAUGUGCAUAGGUACUGGAAUGGGAGCAGCUGCUGUUUUUGAGAGAGGUGAUUGUGCCGAUGAGCUCUGCAAUGCCCGAAAAGUGGAUGACCUUCUCUUAUCUAAGGACGCUCGCUAGUUUUAGUUACUUCAUACUCUACUUGCUCAUCAAUUAAGAAAUUACAAUAAAAGCUUUGUUUUAUGGUAGUGAUUAUGUCAACCACUGCUCAAAAAUUUAAUCAUUUCCAUGCACACUGGACUUGCAUUAAUUGUGAUAUAUUUUGGAUCAUUAUAAACAAACAUACACUCCUUUUCUCUUUCAU